AUGGAGGCACACCAAAUUGCGUCAGACUUAUCACAUGUAGAAGCGUCACAACUAAAGGAAAAGGAAGCUGAUGCUCGGAUAGCCGAAAACGAUCUAGGUGGAGCGCUGCAAUGUCUAACCAAGGCCAUUUUCUUGCGACCGGAGCACAUGCAGCUGUAUGAUAAGCGCGCACAAGUAUACAUCGAACUCUGCGACAUCAAGUCAGCGAUUGCAAAUUACCGAAAACUCUUCGUUGUAGAGCCAAACCCUCCGCAGCGAAUAAAAGACCAGCUUGCAACUCUGCUGGAUCUCCAAGCCUACUCAUUGCUUUGUCUGGGCGAAUCCCCUCGUAUUGUGCUUGGCUAUCUCGAUGAAGCUAUCCAAAUGAAUGCACAAAAUGAAAUCUUCUGGUUUCAUCGAGCAGUAGCAAAGGUUAAUGCCGGUAACUUCGAAGGAGCAGUAAGGGACGUUGAUCACUGCAUUUUGCUCAAUAAUCGGGAUGUCGAAUAUUUUGUACUUCGCGCCCAGUUGCAUAGGCGUCAGCAAAUGCGGGAGAACGCUGCCGCUGACAUCCGCAAUGCAACUCGUUUACAACCCAAUCAUCCAGAAGUGCUCGGACACGGGCAGCUGUUACUGAAAGAAUCGCAAGCUAUCUACGAACAAGCCCGGAUACAACUGAUGGCUCAUCAGCAUAAAGAGGCUAUAGAAUUUCUUUCCAGAGCUUCUGAAAUCACACCUGGAGAUCCUCAACUUUAUCUGCUACGUUCGUCCGCCUACCGUGGACUUGGAGAGUAUCACAUGGCAUUACAAGAUACCGAAAAAGCUCUAAGCUGCUAUCAUCACAGAAUGGACAGCAAAAAGGUCAAGAUAGACUUUCAAAACUAUCAGCAUAGAACUGUAGAGCACCAGCCAGCUUUACAUUCUAAUUUAGAAGAAUACUCGUCGCUAUCGUAUUGCGACAUCAUUAAGCAGCGAAGUCUCAUUUUCAAUGAUAUUGGGAUCCGUUUUCUAAUCCAAAAGGCGUACCAGCUCGCUGUGAACGCGAUGAACUUAGCCAUUCGUGGACAUGCGGAGAUAGCAGGACAACGACGAUGGUAUUAUAGUCCACAAUUGUAUAUUUAUCGUGGUGAUGCGUACCGCGGGCUUGGGAACUUCCAAGCGGCGUUAGCAGAUUAUCACUGUGCGCUGGAAAUGGACAUAGGGGAUCAAAAUGUCAAGUCGCGCGUCGCGCUAAUUCACUACUACUUCGGAGUAGAGCUGUUUAACAAAGCUCAAUUCGACAGGGCGGAGAUAGAAUUUGAUCAAGCUAUCGAACAGAACCCAAAUUUAGCGUUGUACCACGCGAGAAAGGGAGACACUGCAAGAUAUCUCGAUAAACAUCAAAAUGCAUGCAACAGUUAUCAACAAGCACUACUUAUCAAUCCAGAUGACACGGAAACUCUUACAAAACUCCGGCAAUAUGAUGACAUACCGUAUUCCCAAUCCAGCACUCAACCGACCGUGGCCUUCACAAAAAAAUCUAUUUCGGUGCAAUCAUGCUCACCGCAACAUCGCCUCUCACAGAAGAUGCAAGCCACUGUGAACGAUGCACGAAAGUCAUACAAGAAAACAAAUCAGCGUGUCCAAGAUCUUUACAAUAGCAGACCUGCAGUGCGUUUUUUAAGUUUUAAUAAACUCGAAUAA